AUGGCACGAGGCAGUGCACGGUGGGCGUCCGUGCGAGAUGCGUCGGUGCCGGAUGCAUCAGUGCUGGCAUACCCCACCAUCGAUGGCCAGGCGCUGGGCAUGCAGGGGGCCGUGUGGCGCCUCAACGUGCCCAAUCGGCCAUCCACAUGGGAAGCAGGGCCCCUCUCGUCCGACACACAGCUGCUGGACGAGCUCAGGGCCAGCCUCAAGCAGGACGUGGCCGCGCUGCCGCCCCUCUCCUCCACCUCCACCUACUUUUUCGGCAAGGCAGCUGCGCGCGCCGCCCGCCUGGCCCUCAUUGCGAAACAGGUGCAAGAUGACGACAGCGUGGCCGCCGUGCUGCGGCCCCUGCGAACCGCGCUCUCUGCGUGGCUGGAUGGCACCUUCCCCGGUAACCGCCUGCUGUACGACCCCACGUGGGGCGGUGUGGUGAGCGAGGCGGGGUCGAUUGACCAGGGGUCGGAGUUUGGAGCGGGCAUGUACAACGACCACCACUUCCACUACGGCUACUUCAUCUACGCCGCUGCCACCGUUGCCCAGUUCGACCCCGCGUGGUGCGACCAGUACCGUGCUGUGCUGAAGGACCUGAUGUCGGACUAUAUGUCGCUGGAGCGCACGGCGGCAUUCCCGAGGCUGCGGCACUUUGACGCGUACGCGCUGCACUCGUGGGCCAGCGGGCUGUUUGAGUUCGGUGACGGGCGCAACCAGGAGAGCUUCAGCGAGGCGGUCAAUGCAUACUAUGCCGGGGCGCUGCUGGCGUCCGUGUUUGGCGACCAGCCACUCGCCACGCUGGGCGCCACGCUCGCAGCCGUGGAGGCCCUCGCCGAGCAGACGCUCAUGCACGUGCCGCUCGCCUCGUCUAAUCCAGAUCCCUCCCUCACACCUGGCUACGAGGCGGUGUUUGCAGACGCCAACCGUGUGGUGGGUGUGCUGUGGUCCACCAAGCGUGACGCCGCGCUGUGGUUCGCCCUGCCGGCGGACAUGGAGAAGCGUCUGGGCAUCCAGGUGCUGCCCGUCUCGCCUUACCUCAAGCACCUCUUUCCCGACCCUGAGUUCGCCAAGCAGCUCGUGGAGUGGGCACAACCCGUGCUGAGUGGCGCUGCCACGGACGAGUGGCGUGGGUUUGCGUGGGCGCUGCAGGCCCUGUACGAUCCGCAGGGGGCCAGGGGGAACAUUGCUGCUCUAGGUGCUUUUGAUGAUGGCAACUCCAAGACCAACAUGCUCUGGUGGCUUGCUUCCAACAUGUCAUAG